AUGUCGUGGCAUAUCUUAAUUUUGGGUUUUAUCCGUUGUUGGGAUAUGAUACAUUGCCCAUUUCCAGCGAAAGAAUUAGUUUACAUGGAUGACGAUUUGCCAAAUGAUGCAGUAACAGAAUAUUUGGUAAGUUUGAGCCAAUCGCUAUAGCUGAAACAUUUGUUCAAUGGCUGAAUUUCAUGCCAAGCAUGAGAUUAUGAAGAUAAAAAUAUCUUUGUGGUGUUUAAGCCAAGAUGCUGAAACUUAUUAAAAACAUCAAAAAGAAAUUCCAAUCUUUUCUAUAGGCUUAUUAUAUCAUUACCAAACGAGAAAUUAAGCCACACUAUUUUCAUUGGUUCAUUCAACGAAGCUCCAGAUCCUUCACCCUAUUUCAACUACAUCUCACGUGGCUUACCAGCAUCGCCAAUCUUUCUCACGCCAACACUAACCAUUUUCGUCACAUCAACCGACGCUGAGCACUUUCAUGUACUGAAUGUACCUUCAGCGCUAUUAGCCGAUUGUACAUUCCGUAAGACAUAAAAAAGUCGAAUCCCCACGAGGAAAUGAAAAUUCAAGCCAAACUAUGUAACAAGGAAGCUUAAGCGAAGACAUGCAGAAAACGGAUGAAGCAUUGAGAAAAACCGCGAGGUCGAGGACGCCGACGGCAUGUUUGCAGUGUCAAAAAAGAAAGCAAAAAUGUAGUAGGGAGCAACCGUGUAGGCAUUGUUCGAGGAGAUAUCCGCCAGUGGAUUGUAUCUAUACUUGUGAAGGGUAAGAUUUUUAUCAUUUUUAUGUGAAAAUCUACUAAUAUGGCACUGCUUGAAGAAGGCACAAAAUGGUACCACCUGUUUCCCCGAAUAGAUUAUCUGUACCCGAUGAGACCCCAGAAUAUAUCUACACAGAGGUAAAACCCUCGAUCAAUCAACUGCCUUCCGCGCCUUUCCGUCAAGGGUUUUCGGGCACAGCACAAAGUUAUGCAUAUCAUCAAGACCCGGAGCAGAACUUAGAGCAAGGGAAUAUGAGCUGUAUGAAAACUUUUGCCUCUACAAGCCCCGAAUAUUUCACAACAAAAUAUCCAUACCAGGUAAUCUCGAGCUCUGUAGCACCAUCCUCUGGUACCGCAUCAUACACCAGACUGGAACUGGACACAAAUGAAUUGGAUUUUCAACAAUCACCACAUGUCCCGAUGAAUGCGCCGAACGAAAUAUCAGACUACAAUUGUAUGGGCGAACCCCAUCUAGAAGGAGAAAGCUGGAAUCAAACUUCCAAUCUAGAUUCAAACACAGGAAUGAACAACUUCCAGGAUUUCAAUCAAUCACAUUUUGUCCCCAUUUCCAUCCAAACCGAAAAUUGUCAAUCAUUUGGUAUCCAAGGAUCUCCAAAAUUUCAUCUGGAUACUGGAAAUAAUGGGUUGUCGAGUUUUGAGGUCCCAGAUCUUUCGUUUUCGCCGGAAACGCCUAACGAUCAGAAUCGAGGUUAUGGAGCAACCGAUAGUUAUUCCUUCUACUAGUCGCAGAGAAGAACGGAAUUAGGAGCUUUGAUACUUUCUCUAGGAUUUUCACUCUUCAUGACUUCGUGGUAGUCAUAUAACAUACUUUACUUCGAGCUGGUGGAUUGAAAGGGAAUGAUUUAUUGAGAUUGCAUCGAGGCUCGCGGGGCAUUCUUCCCUUUUAUCCGAACUCGUCAAUACCAAUAUCCUGCGCCGCAGUCUGGUCAGCACCGAUCGACAUAAAAGUUAGGAUUAUGCCCAUGAUUGGUCUUGAAAUCCUCCAUAAUGGAGUUACUCGAUAUUGGCAUCUUGUGUCAUUUGGAUGCUGGCUAUUUAGGUUGUCCUCAGAGCAGCCUCGCAUCGACGUCGACAUGCUCGAUGCCACACAUUCGAUCUUCACUACCGCUAAAAUCACUUGCUUGUCGAUUUGUAGGCUUAUUGCUGGCAUGGGGAUUCAAUCCUCCCACAUCUCCGAUCGCAUUACACUUCUAUAGCGAACCUCAAGAGGGGUGAAGGUAUCCAACAUCAAAGAGUUUCUUAUACAUUUUUCAACCCAAAGAAUCAGAAUCAACCCAAAACAAUCAUUAGAUCAGAGGUCUCGACUUUUUUAUAGCAACGGCUAGAAGAUGGCUUUUGGGGCGAUAAUUUGCUAUGGAAACUUAAGAUAGGUUAGAUGGGUAUAGAUUUCUAAGAAUAUCUUCUCAAUGUAUGCCUGAUAAACUAUAUAGAAUUUUAGGGU